AAACAAUAUUAAUUGUUAUUAUGUAUGAGAAGUACUAAUAAUAAUAAUAAACUGUAAAUAAAUAAAAAAGGGCUCCCAAGAAAAAUACAAAGAAAUCAAAUUUUGGAAAACGGGCAACAGAAAGUGAUGAUGACUAUGAAGGGCCACUCAACUUAUUAACAAUAAAUAAACCAUUUAAAAAUAUACAUUACAAAACAGUAAAGAAAAAUAAGAAUUUGAAGCAGAUUUUAACCAUGGAAAGAGAUCGUGAACUUUCUUUAAACAUCCCAACAUAUGAAAAUAUUGAAUGCCCACCUUCUGUUUUACCUCAAAAAAAAUAUUGUGACAUUACAGGAUUAGAAGCUAAAUAUACAGAUCCUAAGACAGGUUUACGAUACCAUAAUUCUGAAAUUUAUCAAUUGAUUCGUACUUUAGGAGUUCCUAAUGUCCAAGCUUAUUUAGCUAGUAGAAAUGCAGCUGUUGUAUUAAAAUAAGAGUAAAUAUAUACACACACAUGUAUAUGUAUUUAUACAAAACUAAACAUUUUAUUCAAUAUUAAAAUU